UGGACUGCGGGGCUGAGGAAGCCCACCUGGGAGAAGGUGCCGGAUGGAGCCGCUAGGAAGACUGGAGCUGAGAAGUAGAGGGAGCGGGGGCCCGUGGGGGGCCUGGGAGGCACAGCCAGAGCUACGGACCAGGAGCGCUUAAGGGGUCAAGGGAAGAGAAGUUUCUAGAAGGUGUCAUGGCCCUCGGGCCUCCCUCAGACCUGCCAUCUGAGUCUGAGCUGUCGCUUUGCUAGGAGAGCUGCCUGUGUGUGUGUGCGUGCGUGUGCGUGUGUGUGCGCGUGUGCGCGCGCGCGCGUGUGUGUGGUUAUCUCUUUAAGGGGCAACUGGGAGAGGGUUCUGGAACUCCUGUUGCCUCACAGACACUCGGUCUCCCUUCCCCCACCCCUCUGGGCUCUGCACCUAAGAAGCCCUGGGAGCUGGCUGUGAGUCACUGAGCGGCCUCCCUGGCAUGGGGGUGAAGCGGAGCCUUCAGAGCGGGGGCGUCCUGCUGGGCUUCCUGGCCAAUGUCCUCACGAUUCUCUCCACUGCCACCAACUACUGGAUCCGCUUCCCCGGGGGCCACAGUGGCCUGUGGCAGGAGUGUAAAGGCGGCAUCUGCCCCAACAUCCCCUGCCAGAGUGAGGCCCCGCCCCCGCCGCACUGCCAGCCCCGGCACUGACCGCAGCUGGCUCCCUCGCCUGACACAACUGGACACAUCCUGCAGCGCCCCCGCCUGCCCCGCCCCCUCCAGUCUCAGAUCCAGCGGCCCUUCGGUGACCGAGGCCACCACGAGCAUAACAACCCCUUCUGACAACCUCCAAGGCCCCGUUCACACCCCGACUCCGCUCCCAGCCCCGGGCGGGAGGGUGGGGGCGGGGGCCGGGGGCGGCGCCAGCGCGGGGCUGAGGCGGCCGGCUCUCCCCAGCGGUGCUGGCGGCGACAGGGGCGUGCAUGGUGCUGGCGGCGGGCUCCAGCCUCGUGGGCUUGGUGAUGGGGCUGCGGAUCCUGUGCCACGACAGCGACUUGCGGGGCCAGACUACCAGUGUUAUCUUCUUCCUCUGCGGCCUGCUGCUGCUUAUCGCCUUGACAGGCUACACGGUGAAGAAUGCGUGGAAAAACGACGUCUUCUUCUCCUGGUCCUAUUUUUCCGGGUGGCUGGCUUUGCCAUUCUCUAUUAUCGCGGGGACUCCCCAACACACUUCAGAGACGCCCUGGAGCCUCAAACCCCAGGGGCCGUUCCGGCCAAGCGCCCCAAGACCCUCUCACUGUCUCCCACCUGGCCUCCGCCGCCCUCCUUCCAGGCUUCUGCUUUCUGAUGGCUGACAUGAUCCUGCAGAGCACGGAUGCCAUCAGCUCGUUCCCCGUGUGCUUGUGACCGCAGCCUGCCUGGGGCAGAAUAAAGGAACAGCUUCCACU